CGGCUCAAACGUAAACUCUGGUAUCAGGACUACUCCAAGCAUGCCUGAAUCGAUAAUUUUCCCCUUACCACGCUAAACAAGGGAUAUUCUCAUUCCCACGUGGAAAAAUAUGGAAUCAGAUGAAAAUGGAUUAGAAAGUAAAAAAAGUCCUUCAACAGUGGAACUUAUGGCAGUAAAAAAUGAGAAGAAAUCUUACACAUCUCCGAUUGUCCGCAACAAUGAAGGGCCAGAUACUCACGUGGGGACCCCAGGAGUCAUCGUGGUCACAGCGGACGACAGUAUCUCCAAAUCCAGAGCUUAUUUUAUGGUUUUUGUGUUAUUAUUUAUUAAUCUACUCAACUACAUGGACAGAUUUACCAUAGCAGGUGUAUUGGUGGACAUACAACACUACUAUAGUAUAGGAAACUCAGAGGCAGGACUUAUACAAACAGUGUUUAUAAUAAGCUAUAUGAUUUUUUCUCCAAUAUUUGGUUACCUGGGUGACAGAUAUAACAGAAAGUUCAUCAUGGGAGGAGGAAUCACACUAUGGUCACUUCUUACCCUGUCAGGGUCUUUCAUUGGAAAAGAUUAUUUCUGGGCAUUUAUUCUUAUUCGGGCUGCAGUGGGAAUAGGGGAGGCCAGCUAUUCUACCAUUGCACCCACCAUAAUCGCAGAUCUGUUUGCGAAAGAUCUUCGCACAAGAAUGCUGAUGAUAUUUUAUUUUGCCAUCCCUGUGGGAAGUGGUUUAGGUUAUGUAGUAGGAGCAAAUAUAGCCAAAGCCUUUGGUGCAUGGCAGUGGGCACUCAGGUUUACACCGGCCCUAGGAAUUAUCUGUGUUGUUUUGAUAUUUGUUGUUUUGAGAGAGCCUCAAAGAGGUCAUGCAGAAGGUGGAACUCAUUUACAUAAUUCAUCAUAUCUCCAAGAUCUCAAGGAAUUGGCCAGAACAAAGAGCUUUGUCUUGUCAACAUUCGGGUUCACAUGUGUUGCUUUUGUGACUGGUGCUCUAGCACUUUGGGCUCCAUCCUACAUGUUCAAUGCCAUCAAAGCCCAGGGCCAGGAUGCAGAUGAAGGAGACAUUGCUUUCAUAUUUGGGGGCAUCACAGUGGCUGCUGGAUUCCUCGGGGUAGCCAUAGGUGCUGAGGCAUCAAGACGUUAUAAAAGAGUCAACCCCCGUGCUGAUCCCCUGGUCUGUGCUUUUGGUCUGCUGAUGUGCACACCUUUCCUAUUUUUUGGUCUUUGGCUAUCAGAACACCACAUUCCAGCUUCAUGGGCACUUAUUUUCUUUGGAGAAACUUUCCUGUGCUUGAAUUGGUCGAUCAUAGCAGAUAUUUUACUGUACGUUGUGAUCCCUACGAGACGCUCCACAGCCGAGGCUGUACAGAUUCUGGUGUCACAUGCUCUGGGGGAUGCAGGAAGUCCAUAUCUGAUUGGGGUGAUUUCAGAUGCCUUAGGAUAUUCUUACCCAGCAGAUACGAGGAAGUCGGCUUCUGUGCAGUCCGACACUCUCAGAAAUGCCUUCUAUGUGACACCUUUUGUGUGUGUUAUAGGUGGUGCCUUCUUUUUAGCUACAGCUCUGUUUAUUCAGAAGGACAGGGAGAAAGCUGAAAGAAUCACCAGAGAUUCUUCAUCAUAUUGGGGUCUAAGGGACUCCGAUGAGGAUAUUUCAGAGGAUGAUAGCGAUGUGGAGCCAAUUUUAAGAGAGACGUGAUAUUACAAACAGUGUCUCCAUUAAUGGUGGAUUUGACAAUCCUAAUUUAAACCUGGGAGAGAAUGAUACCAUUACUGAAGCUAAUCCAGAUCGCAGUAAUGUUUUAUGA